CACUCCACCCACCACUGUUUGUCUCAAAAAAAAAACACCCUCGAUCCAGACCCCCUCCUCUCUUCUCCCGAUUCUCCCUCCCAUCCCACGCCGCCGCCUCCUCCGCCAUGUACACAUCCUGCAGGCCGCACGCGCGCGCCUUCCACCACCACCACCCGGCCGACCUGGCCCAGCGGGGCGGCGGCCAGCCCGGCCUGCUCCCGGCCGCAGCGUGGAGGUGGGGCGGCGCGGCGCCGAGGGCGAGCCUGGUGGCGGCGCGGACGGCGACGGAAGAGGCGGUGUACGAGGUGGUGCUGCGGCAGGCCGCGCUGGUGGAGGACUUGCAGGGGCGGCGGGCGGCGCGGGAGGCCGACACCGGCCAGCGCCGCCGGUGGCGGGACGAGCAGCUGGAGCAGGAGGGCGACGCCGAGCUCGGCUGGGGCCUCCUCGGCGAUGCCUACGACCGCUGCGGCGAGGUCUGCGCCGAGUACGCCAAGACCUUCUACCUCGAUAAUUUAUUCAGUCUGAAGCCAAAUACUCAUGCAUAUACCAGUGACCCCCUACAGUUUGGAAAUUAUGGGAAGUCCAUUUCUCCGACUGAUCUAGCUACUACGGCGGCCAGAAUUAGUAAGGCAUCCAUGGACGCCGCCGCCACUGCUCCGACCCCGCUGCCAACGCCCCAUGGAGACUCUGUUCUCUCUCGUGUCCUGCGUGUCCCGGCCAACAAACCAAUUACCCUAAGGUUCAUUGAUGACAGCCAAGGGUUCAUGCUCGGAAACGACUACAUCUUGCUCCAUGUUGUCGGCUCAGCUAGAGUCCUUAAUCAUGAGGAGAUGGGACACGUCGAUUGUUACAAUACACUUUGACAGGGGUGAUCGACGCUGACUAGCGCGGCCGGUGGGCGCUGUGCUCUUCAACCACUCAGAGGCGGACUUCUCUGUGAAGCCGGUGGCCAUGUCGCGUAGAUGAUUGUCCAGCUAAUUUCGACAUUGGAGGUCGUCGAGGUGGAGGACCUCGAGACCACCGUCCGGGGGGAGGGAGGAUUCGGGUCCACCGGCGUCUAAGCUCCGAGCCUUGGUAGAUACAUCUAGGGAAGUGGUCUGUUUAGGUUGGUGAUGGAACACCAGGGAAGGUACCCACCUUUCGAUGAUCAUUGUGUCUGUCUGAUGUUAAAUGCAAUCUUGAGAAUGUUAUGUGACGUUGGUUUGGUUUGCACUGGACGUAUUGCCAUCCAUGAAUACUACAUCUAACUUUUAUUUUUUUAA